GACCAGUGCGCGCGCGUACAAAAAGUUAUUGAAUUACUCUCGUUCGCAAGCUCGAAGCGAGACGCGCGAGCUUUUGAUCUCGAGUGCGCGUGUAUAUGGUGACUUCGUCCACGGAGAUCGUCAACCCUACGAAGCUGCAGUGACACACGGAUCCAAAAUGCCGCAAACGGUACCGCAAGUGGCAGCGGCGAGCUUCUCGCCGGCCUUCGACUACAGCGCCUUCCAGUUCGAUCUGUCCCUGCUGUCGGACGAUUACUCCAACAGCAGCAGAGGAGGAGGAGGAGGUGGGUUAAAACCUCCACCGCUGACGAUGCACAUCAAGCAGGAGGCUCGCUCGCCGAGGCCGGGCUCGCCGCCGAUCUAUCACCCGAGCAGCGGCACACCCUACAAUUGUUUAAGCGCCGGUGGUGGCGAGCAGCUGUCGCCCGGCUACUCUCACAACGCCUCGCCGGCCUACCCGACGAGUCCCUAUUACGUGCCCCAGAGUCCGCAGAGUGCCCAGCUGUAUCCGACGAGUCCGGAGCCGGCGAGCACCACCACGACCAACAGCAAUGGUACAAUUUUAUCCGCGUCGUUGCAAACGCAGACGUCUUGCCCAGCCAAGCAGCCCAUCAAGAGGGAGAAGAGCUUCGAUUUGCUCAGCAUACUGCACGAGUCCAGACUGCUGGCCGAGAGUCUGGGCUACAAGGAGGAGUCGACGGACUGCACGGUCCCCUGCACGCCGCCCCGCACCGAGGAGGACAUCUACAACAGCCUCGACGCCGAUUUCUUCCCGAACAAAAAGUCCGCCACUACCUCCGCCGACGCUGCUACGGCGACAGCGGCGGCCGACGCGAAUCCGCUGCUCAAGGAGAUUCUCUUCAAAGACAGCAACAACGCGUCGACGAACGCCUGCCUGUCGCCCACGAUAAGCUCGUCCUGCUGCGUGUCCUCGUCCGCGUCGUCGCCCUGUUCCUCGUCCGCCUCGAUCGCCUCGUCGCCGGCGCCCCUGCAAGUGCUCGAUUACGAAAAGUCGUCGCUCCGAGAUCUGUUGUUUUGUAACAAUAACAACAACAACGUCAACAACAAUAAUAAUAAUAAUCACAACAACAACAACAACAACAACAACAACAACAACAACAACAAUAGCAAUAAAAAUAACAACAGCAAUCGCAACGUCAAGGAGGAGGAGGCGACGAAGCAGCAGACCAAGGACGAUCAUCAAUUGCUGCGCGAAGUACUGAGGGACAUGAGCUUUCAACGCAAGUACAACCUCCGGCCGGUCGAUUUACCCGGUACCACGAUCACGAGUAACAACAACAACAGCGGCAACGGAUACGCGGACGAAGAGAUGCCGCAGCAGCAGCAGCAGCAGAACGUCGUCGAGUCGAACGAGUGCGUCGGCGACCUGGCCCGGGAACAGAUCGAGCCCGUGCUCAGCCUGGCGAUACAGCAGCUCCAGAAGGAUUUCGACAAUACGUGCGUGGCCCUUGGAAUACAUCCCGAGCCACGACACUGGAGCGCGGCGGACGUCGUGGCGUGGGUGCACUGGGCCAAGAAGCAGCUGCAGCUGCCGACGAUGCCGCUCGAGAGCUUCAACGGUAUCGACGGCGCCACUCUGGCCUCCUUCAGCGAGGAGGACUUUUGUCAGAGAGCUCCGCAGUGCGGCAGUAUGCUACACGCCCAACUGGAGAUCUGGAAGGCGGCGGUGGAGGAGACGCCCCGCAACUCCGGGGCGCUGGUCACGUCCUGGCCGGCGACGAAUCCCGGCCAGGGAUUGAUGCAGCAGCAGCAGUCGCCGCCAACGUCGUCGUCGUCGUCGUCGGACCCGACGAGAAAUUCGCCCAAUUCGGUCGGCAGUAGCAGCAGUGCGCCGAGUAGCGUCAAGGACGUGGCCAAUCUGACGGAUGACGAGGACGAGGAUCAGCCGAUAGCCACGAGUUGUACCAACAACAACAACAACAACAACAAUAGCACAUCGUCGGGUAGUCCGAGCACAGGUAGCGGCGGCGGUGGCAACAAAAUCCGCAGCAGCGGCUCGCACAUCCACCUGUGGCAGUUCCUCAAGGAGCUGCUGCUGAAUCCCGAGCUCCACGGCACCUGCAUCCGAUGGAUCGAUCGCAGCAAGGGCGUCUUCAAGAUCGAGGACUCGGUGCGCGUGGCGCGGCUCUGGGGCCGGCGCAAGAAUCGCCCGGCGAUGAACUACGACAAGCUGAGCCGGAGCAUAAGGCAGUACUACAAGAAAGGAAUCAUGAAGAAGACCGAGCGCAGCCAGAGGCUAGUCUACCAGUUUUGCCAUCCCUAUAUUUUGUAAAUAUGAUGAUAUGUAUAUUUUAAAUACGCUACUUUUACGCCUGUGAAUGCGCGCGUUUGUGUGUCCUUAAUUGCGGAUAAAACUUUCGGAGUCGAUCUCCUUCGAAUCGUUAUAAAAAAAAAAAAAACUAGAAAACGACUCCGAGAGGUGCCGAUCUUUUUCGCUCGAUAUCGCAGCUUCACUGUCCCUCAAAGCUCCGAUCCGAGAAGGAGAAAAUUCAAGUUGAAAAUAAAAAAGUAUAGACGCUCCA